AUGACGAAAGCGGACGCCAGCGCACGUGGGGGUCCUUCCUGCGCCGGCGCUCAAAUUGACGUCACGAGCUCAGGGCUGCCCUUGGGGCGCCUGCCUCCGUGGAAACUGUUUCAGCGCUCGAAGAUCGCGCGGAGCUUCCAAGAGGAGAAGAAACAAGGACGCCGCAUGAGGACGUUCUCAAGGGGGAAGCCAGUGUUCCGGCCCUGCCAGGGUUACCCCUCCGGCACCUGGUUUGAGCAACAGCACUGUGGCUACUCCCUUUCUGUCUACGGCUGUGGCUGUGCAGCAGAUGGAAGUGGAAGCCAACGCUCUGUGCGGGAGACCUCUGGAUGCCCAGCUCAAUCUCUGGUCACGCCUAAGGAAAGCACAGCUCUGGCAGAGAAACAAGAUGAAGACCCACUUGAAGAUCCAAAUCUUCAUUUGAACAUUGAGGAACUAAACAAGGAGUUUAUGGUGAAAAGUGAGGAACUCUAUGACUCUCUCAUGAGUUGCCACUGGCAGCCUUUGGAUACAGUUCACUCCGAAAUCCCAGAUGAGGCCCCCAGAGAAACAUGAGGUUCAUUAGGCUACCCGACUGUCAUAUUGAUUGCCUCCUGUUUUGUUUUUGUUUUUGGGGAAAAAAAAAAAAAA